CACAGUGGUGCUGAGCCUUAACAAAGAUAGGAUUGUGGAAGAGAACGUUACUUUUAACUGAUUUCGGCAUGGAGACGCUUGUAACAAUAGGGCAAGGCACCCUCCAGGGCAAAGUCCUUCAAACUAGGCAUGGAAGACCCAUCUGGGCUUUCCAAGGCAUCCCUUAUGCAGCUCCUCCAACCGGAGAUCUGCGAUUCCAGGAUCCAAAAAAGCCUCCAACCUGGACUGGCACUCGGCCUGCUAAAAAGGAAGGCAAUGACUGCAUUCAAAAACAUUAUUUCAAAGGAGAAUUUGUCGGCUCUGAAGACUGUCUUUACCUCAAUGUGUACACGCCAGAAGCGAGCACAAAUAGGGAAGCCAAGUUGCCCGUUAUGGUAUACAUCCAUGGUGGCGGCUUUUUUGCCGGUUCAGGAAGCACUGAAAUGUAUGGACCUGAAUUUCUCCUGGAUCAUGAUAUUGUUUUGGUGACUUUGAACUUCAGACUGAGCACUUUAGGUUUUUUGAAUUUGGGAACCACGGACGUGCUCGGUAAUUUUGGCCUGAAAGACCAAGUUGCAGCUCUUAAGUGGGUCAAAAGCAACAUAGCAGCUUUUGGUGGGGACCCAGACUGCGUUACUGUGUUCGGAGAAAGUGCAGGGGGCGCCAGCGUACACUACUUGCUGAUUUCGCCCUUAGCUAAAGGACUAUUUCACCGUGCAAUAUUACAGAGCGGUUCUGCUUUCAAUCCCUGGGCUUUUCGUUCUCUUGAAGAAUCUGUAGAAUUAAGUCAAGAAAUUUGUGAAAAACUUAUUGGAGAGCCCUGCUUGGAUCCAAGCUCACUUUUGAAAUUAAAAGAAGUCUCCGCCCAACGGUGCGCCGAGGAAGGAAAAAAUCUCAAGAUGAAAUAUAAACUCCAGGCUGAAUUAUUACCUUCAGUCGAGCGUCAGAAUUCAGAGAGUGCAUUUUUGACAAAAUGCCCCAAAAAUUUGAAAGUGGCAAAUGUACCAAUAAUGAUUGGCGUGACUACGCAUGAGGGAAUGCUAGAGUUGGAAGCUGGUGCAGAUUUGGAAAAGAGAUACAAAGACAAUUUUGCGCAUUUCGUGCCCUACCGUGAACUAAAUAUCGCCCCGAAUUCGCCGCAAUGCAGGGAGACGUGGCGAAAAAUUGACAAAUUCUAUGACGACAUUUCUAAUGGGGAUUUCACUGAAAAAUAUAUCCACAUCAAUUCUGAUAUUGAUUUCGUUUGCGGAGUUGACGAUUUAGUGCAAAAUACGGUAAAGGACCCUGAAAGAGGUGAGCCGGUGUUUUACUAUCAGUUUUCCUACGACGGAAAUUUGGGAUUUUACAAGAAAAAGGCAAAAAUAGAGCGGAAAGGAACUUGCCAUACUGACGAACUCUCAUAUUUGUUCACGCGUCAGAUGACUCCUUGGAGCGACGUUGGGACACAAGAAGACUUUCAAGUUAUUGAUAAUAUGACAGAGCUGUGGACAAAUUUUGCAAAAUUUGGGAAUCCAACACCUUAUCCUGUUCAGGGCGAGAAGUGGAACGCAGUAUCAAAAAAUAGCGAUGGCAAGGAAAGUGUCAUGACUCAAUACUUAGAAAUUGGUGCCAUCUUGAGGAUGCAUCCCGAGAACAUGUUCAAAGAAAGAAUGCACUUCUGGCGAAAAUUGCUAGGGAAUGAGUAGACGUUGGAAUUCAAAAUAUCCCGAGGCUAUUUUUAAGUAAUAAAACCGAGCGAGAGAGAAAAAAGGAAUUAUGAAAUAAAGUCAUAAAAAUUGUAUUUUAAUUAUUCACCAAGCAACCAAUGUCAAGGAUAACAAAUACUUUAGCAAACGGUUGCGAAUGCAAUAAAAAAAAAUUUUAUAGUUUGUGUAAAAUAAUUUGCUUUGAAUCUUCCUCAGAGGUUAAAUAUUAAAAAUAAAUUUAUCCC